UCUAAAUCAUCAGAAGAUAAAAGGAUUGAUAAUUUUCUGAAUGAAAGACGUAAUGAACAGAUUCGUAACGAAAUAAGAGAAAGGAAUCGGGAAAAGAAGUUAUUACAGAGUAAUGAAGCUUCCGCUUCUCAAGCCCAAAACUCAUAUUCGGAUAGCUCGCAAAAAUCUCAUGAUAAAUUACACGUCAAACAAAUUUCGGAAUCGCAAUCUAUUCGUAACACUCCUAAUUUACCUGAAGAAUCCUCAGAACAAAAUACAGACUUACAGAAAACAAAAAUCUCUGAAAUAGAUGUACAGCCGUUGAUAGAAGAAUUAAGAAUAGAACCUUUAGUGGAAGAUACCGUUAAAGUUGUUAAUGUUGAUAAAAAUUCUACAGAUAAGCAAUCACUCGCAAUCGAAUUGGUCCAUCUAUUUGAAAAAAUAAGCUUGGCAGAAAAUAAUACUAAACGAGCCAAA